AUGGCGAGGAAAUUACUUUUAAAGUACGACCAGGAAUCCCCUACUGAUGGGAUAAGAGCAGUGUUGUCCAUUGGUAUCAUUACUCAGUCUGAUCUUUUGAAGACUUUCAUCGACGGAGACACUGUUGAUUUGAAAUGCUUCAUCUCUGGGACUGGCGGAGACUACUACAACUGGUUCAAACUCACAGUAGGACAAGCUCCAGCGAUGAUAGUAUCUCUUUACCUUGACUCAAAAGAUCCAACACUCUACGGGGAGUUUGACAACAACCCUCGGUUUUCUGCAGAGAAGAACGGAGACAGUUUUGUGCUGACCAUUUCAAAUGCAAAGCCAUCGGAUGUGGGGAUGUAUUACUGUGCUGCACGUGAUUAUGAUGGCAUGAUCUUUGGAAAUGGUAUAUUUCUGAUGCAUAAAGGUGCAGGGUCCAGGAACCAGCAUCUUACUCAGCAGUCUGUGUCUGAGUCAGUCCAGCCAGGAGACUCUGUGACUCUGAACUGUACAAUACACACUGAGACCUGUGCAGGAGAACACAGCGUCUACUGGUUUAGACAUGGCUCGGGAGAAUCCCGUCCAGGAAUAAUUUACACCCAUGGAGACAGGAGUGAUCAGUGUAAGAAGAGCCCUGAGGCCCAAGAUGCAGACAAUCUCCAUUAUGUAGCUCUGAAUCUGAGCAACAAGACGAACAGGUCUAGAAGACAGAGAAGCAACAUGGAGGAAGAGACGGUGUACUCUGGGAUCAAACAGUAGAACUGGAUGAAUGAAACAGUUGUCGUUUUAUACCAGAUAGCUCUUAACUAGCUCUAACUUCAUUAGCUUUGUAUG